CCAGCCCUACCAUCUCCCCAGCCCACGCCGCGGCUCCCGGGUGCCCGGGACGCCUCCCCCGGCGCCCCGCGGCGUGGCGCCGGCGGGCUCUAGGACCGCGGUGGAGGCGCGGUGGAGGCGGGUGGGUUGAAGGGCUCCCACCUGCCCGCGGCCGGCCGCAGUUCCCGGUGCGGCGGGGCGAUGAAGGGGCCGCGGGCACCCGCGAUGUUCGGGGCGGGCAGGUACAGCAUCCCGCGGCCCGUCACCAGAAACCUGGAGGACCUGGACUCGGUGCAGAGCGUCCUGCUGCACAGUGACCUUGAGCCUGAAUGGUUGGAUGGCGUGCAGAAAAAUGGGGAAUUAUUUUAUUUAGAAUUGAGUGAAAGUGAAGAAGAAACUCUGCUUCAGAACAGCUGUCCAGAAACACCAGCAGUAAAUCACGUCAGGUUUCGUGAAAAUGAAGCUGAAGUUAUUCAAGAGGGAUCACGAAAAGAAAGAAAGUAUGAACUGAAGAAAUUGACCAAAAUGUUAAAAAAGAAGAAUCUUUUACCAAAGAAUUCUGGGAAGAAAGGCAGUGGAAGUUGUAAUGUGCACUCCACUGGUCCUACUUCCAUAUUGAAACACCAAUCCACUCAGAAAAUGGGUGUCACUGUUCAGCAAAAAUACAAAGAUGUGUAUGUUUAUGUAAAUCCCAGAAAACUGUGCAGUGCUGGAGAAGAUGAGCAGCACAGGCUGCUGGAGGCCUUAGUAGGGAUUGUCCAUCAGUCCUCAUGGAGCAGCAGAAGAGCAGAAAAACAGGGCAGGCGGGAUAAAGUCAUCAGAGGAAUCGGCGAAGAGAAGCUUGUAGUACAUGGCUUGGUGCCAGGUAGUUCAGCAAUGAAAACGGGUCAAAUCUUGAUUGGAGAUGCUCUAGUUGCUGUAAAUGAUGUUGAUGUGAAUUCUGAAAACAUAGAAAGGGUUUUGUCUUGCAUUCCAGGUCCUAUGCAGGUUAAACUUACAUUUGAGACAUCAAUAUUUGAGCCCGAAGGAACUUCUCAGCAAAGGUAUAAACGGGCACAGUCAAGUAUGAACAAUCUGGUUCGGCUCUUGUGGGGAGAAGAUAGCACGGACCUUCAACAGGCUAUACAAGAGGUGCCUCAUAUUGUUAUGUUCCUCACACUGAAACUGGACUCUGAAACAUCUAAGGAUGAGCAAGAAAUUCUUUAUCAGUUCCCCGUAUCAGAAGCAUCCCAAAAACUGAAAAGUGUGAGAGGAAUAUUUCUCACACUAUCUGACAUACUGGAAAGUGUUACUGGUACCCAGAUUAUCAGUUCCUCCCUUUUCUUAUGCGGAAAACUGGUUCAAGUUGUUUACUGGAAAGAAUCUGACAAGUUGCUUGUAAUUGGCCUUCCUGAAGAAAACGUGCCACUUUCUCAGCUGAGGAACAUGCUUGAAGAUGUUGUCAGGACCUUGAAAUUUAUGUACAGUUCUUUAGACAGUGCUUUUUGCCAGGUGGAAAAUGUUUCUCGCCUGGAUCAUUUUUUCAACCUGUUCUUCCAGCGCGCGCUUCAGCCCGCAAGACUCAAGUCAAAUGCCAGCCCCAGUGCUCAGCACUAUGAUACCUGCAGUGCCUUAUUCUUAGACAGUCUCCCAGGCUUACGCUGGCUGACCUUGCCUCAGGAAAUCAAGAUGGAAAUUGACACAGCACUGAGUGAUCUGGAAGCAGCUGACUUUGCAGAGCUGUCUGAAGAUUUUUACGACAUGAGAAGACUAUAUGUUAUAAUGGGCUCUUGUCUCUUCUACAAGGGUUACUUGAUUGGUAAUCACUUGCCAAAGGAAGAUCUUAUUGAUAUAGGUUUAUAUUGUCGGCACUAUUGUCUGUUACCCUUGGCAGCAGAGCAGAGGAUUGGUCAGUUAGUGAUAUGGCGGGAAGUAUUUCCACAUCAUCAUAUCCAGCCAUGUGAAGUUACAAGUUCUACAGGAUAUAGGGAACCUGAAGCAAGAUACUUUUUACUGAUAGUUGGCUUGAGACACUUUAUGCUGUGUGUCCUGCUGGAGGCAGGAGGCUGUGCAUCAAAAGCUAUUGGGAACCCAGGACCAGACUGUAUAUAUGUCGAUCAGGUGAAGGCCACCAUACUUCAACUGGAAGGAAUAGAUGCCAGCAUAGAGGAAAGGCUAGAUUCUCCUUCCAUUCCGCCUUUAUCUUGUGCUGACUGGUUCCUUCCUGCAACACGUGACAAACUGGAGAGCUUGACCACCUCGCCUAUCCUAAGCAAGCUACAAAAUACUUCCAAAUCAGUAACCACUCCAGCAAGCAAAAGGACCCUGUUUGGUGACUCUUCCUUAAUGACACGUAAGCCGAGCCCUACGAGAAACGAUGGAGGAGCUGACCACAGUAAUGAAGGUCCUGCGGAAGAUGAAAGCAGUAAUCCACAAUCUGUAGUGGAUCAGGCCACUAGAAGAAAACAUACCCUACCAAAUCCAUUUCAUUUAGGAAACCUCAGAAAGAACCUUUCAGAGAAAGAUACAGAACUUCUUAAUGCUCUCAAGUUGACAUCUGGUCCUGAGAAUACUCUCUUCCAUUAUCUCUCUUUGGAAACGAUGCAAGGAAUCUUCAUUACUCCCACUCACAAAGAAGUAGCACGGCUCGGCGGCUCCAUCCACCCGCAGUUAAUUGAGAAUUUCUAUCGUUGCUGUCUUUCAAUUCGUUCCAUUUUUCAGCAGUCCAUGAGGAAAGAAAAAAAGGAAGAAGCAGGCAGUGGGAUGUCAGAAUUUAGUAAGGCAGCUGAGGACCUAGAUCUGGUAAGGGAACACGGAGUUUUGUUCGAGUGCUCUCCUGAUAACUGGACUGAUCAGAAGAAACCACCACCAACAAUGAAUUACUGGGUUGUGGGGAGACUCAUUCUACAUCCAAAACCUCAGGAGUGUUAUGUCUGUUUUCAUGACUCAGUCACAGAAGCUGCUGUUGAACUGGCCUUUAAACUGUCCUUCGGCUUAGCUACGUAGAUGAGCCUCCUGAAUGUUCAGCCAUCCCAUGGGGUGUUGUCAUCUCUUUAAAGUACUUCCAUAUAAAGAGAAAUUAACUCAGUAGUGGUGCCCACCCAUGGCGUUAUCUUCGAAAUGCUUUUACAAAAAUAAAUCUACCUUGUGGUGAUGACACAGGUAAAACUUCAGUGAUGGUUCUAAUGAUCUCAUCAAUUGAAUACUUAAAAAGAUUUCAGAGAACCAAAGUUCUUAUCUUUAUAUACUGUCAAGUUAUUUAUCCUGUUCAUAACUUUAUUAUAUGAAAACAUCACAUAAUUUGUACAUUCACUGCUGUUCAGUGUAUAGUAUGCAAUGUAGCAUGAUAAGCUGAAAGCCUCAAAGUACUCUGAAUAUCUGGCAAUUGGUGAUGGAGGGAAGAAAAAAAGUUUUCCAAUUACUUAAAAUUUUGCACCUCUAAGGGCAUGAAAAAUAAAUGUUUUCAGUUACGUUGUGUUCAUCAAAACAGAAAGAAAUCUUUUAGCCAAUUCAUGGCACUUAGCCACACAAAACUGAUGCCUUACCACUUUUGCCAGUAUGUUCUCCUGCACACUCCGGUACUAUAGUGUGGUUGAUGUUUUACUUGAAUUCAUGAGUUUUAACUAUAAAUAAUACUUAUAUUUGUUAAAACGCAAUUUUGAAGGCACAAAAGAAGAUGGGGCGCAGGGGGGUAUGGUUUUAAAACAUGCAUGGACUCAGCUAAUUUUAUAUUAUAUUCAUAAUUCCAUAAUAAAAAAUGUAUAUUUGGCAAAGACCAGUAAAGCGUUAUUCUAUUAUUUUUUUACUUAACAUAUUUUCUCUUUUGUUUAUUUAAACCAUAUUUGUUUAGCUACAUCGUCCACAAUUUACAGCCGGAUAUUAGAAAAAAAAGUUAUGUUACAUCCAUAUAAGGCAAG